AAAACGAAGUUAAUGCAAACAACUACGUGCAUAUCCACAAUACUUCACAAAUACUUGCACACCACAAAGUAUCUGUGCAUAAAUUUUUUUGCCUUUAAUGCUUAAGUGUAUUCCAUUUAAUAGUUGACAAAUUGCAACGCAAUAGCUUCAAGUGGUUUCUGUUUCUUUAUUUUAACAAAGUUCGAAAUCUUUAGAAUUAUUGACACUUUUACUAGAAAUAAUGGACUGCGGAGUCUCAACUAUACGAUGUUUUCUUAUUAUUUUUAACGUACUAUGCGCGAUCGGUGGAGGAUUUAUCGUGGCGUUCGGUACAUUCGCUAUUACUUACUUAGAGAGUGCCAAUUCGACGUUCUAUAUAAUUGCAAUAACCAUUGGAUGCCUUGUGUUCUUGGUGAGCUUAAUGGGAUGCAUUGGUGCAAUGUGCAAUAUGCCUUGCUUCCUAUUGAGCAAUGCGAUUUUUCUGGGCAUUUUAAUCGGAGCUGAAGUUGCUGUUAUGUAUAUCUAUUCCUCAUAUGAUUUUCAAAUUUCAUCUGAUAACGUUCAGAAAUUAUGGAUGAAAGAAUUGAAGGAACCAGGUGCAAUGUCUGCUUUGGAGCAACACAUCAAGUGCUGUGGUUUGCAUAGCCCUCAAGACUAUGUAGAUCACAAUAUGACUAUUCCCCAAAGUUGCUAUGAAGAUUACUAUUCUAUUAAUCCACAAAAGCUCUUCAUUAAGGGUUGCUGGGAAAGAAUAGCUGAAGAAUCAUUGCAUGUUGGAAGUGAGUUGAAGUCUACCUUCGGUAUUGUUUGUAGCAUUGAGUUAAUCGCAUCGAUGUUUGCCUGCUUUUUGGCGAUUAAAACUUCCCGAAGUUCUUAUCAAAGGAUUCCUUGAAGUGAACUCAUGAACAAAUUAUCUACAAAAACGACAUAUAUAAUCAAGUGAUAAUUAAAGUAUAAUCUGUUAGUUUUUGCAUAUACGUAUGUAGUAGAUUAAAAUAUAUAUAUAUAUAAAAUAUAAUAAAUUUAUAUAGUGAUAAAUGAAGUCGUUACAAAGAUAUUGACUCAAAGUCAGCUAACUUUUUACAUA